CAGAUGUACAGUCUCCAUUAGACGGCUGACAUUUGACUGAGGGCUUCAAAGCUCUUGCAAGUUAUUUUAGAAGAGCAUUUUCAAGGCAUUCAAAACUUUUAAAGUUUUUAUUCAAUGGCUUUGCAGGACCUGUGCAAUUUUGGAGAUAUCUUUCAGGAAAGUGUAGGCACUGCGAGAAAUGUAACGGCAAGUGGAAAAAGGAAAUCUUGUAGCUAUGCAACUGGUGUGGCCUUGAGCAAUAGCACAAGCCUAUUCCAUUUUUAUAUUCCAGAAGCAGGUUAUCUGGAUGAAAGCCCGAUACAGUUUGGGCAAAUCAGCACAAUGCAGAGCUCAAGUGGAAUCCCAUCUCCAGAAAUGCUCCCAAUACCGUCCUCUUUGCCUGAAAGUCUUCCUUUCACUUCCUCUCAAGCCGUGCCGCUUCCCUUCCCCAUGGCUCAUGGGACCACCACCCUAGCUUUCAUGUUCCAGGGUGGCGUCCUGGCUGCGGCAGACACUCGUUCCAGCUGCUCGGGCCUCGUGGCGUGCCCGGCCUCCCAGAAGAUCCUGCCCAUUCACAGCCACCUGGUGGGCACCACUUCGGGAACCUCGGCCGACUGCGCACUUUGGAAACGGAUCCUCUCCAGAGAGCUGCGCCUCUACCAGCUUCGCUACGGACGGCGUUUGUCCACGAGGGGGGCUGCCAAGCUGCUUUCACACAUGCUGCACCCUUUCAAGGGAACCGAGCUCUGCGUGGCUGCCACGCUGUGUGGGUGGGAUGGAGGAGACCCGGAUGAUGGAUGUUGUGACCAUGGAGGCUCAGAGACGGCUCAUGGUGAAAGCAGAGAGACUACAAAGACUACAAAGGCUCACCUGGAAAAGACUGCGGGUGCCCCUGGUGAAAAGGUCUCUGUUUCCAAGACUCAAAGCUCUUCUUUCACAAAGCAGCAGUGUUCCAGGAGAAAAAUAAGUUUCUCUGGUCCCAGUCUGUUUUAUGUAUGCAGCGAUGGCACUCGCCUGGAGGGAUCGCUCUUUUCUGUGGGCUCAGGAUCACCCUACGCGUACUCUAUCUUAGACCAAGGGGUUCGGUGGGGCCUGACCGUGGAGGAGGCCACAUCAAUAGCAAGGGAAGCUGUGUACAGGGCCACCCACAGGGAUGCGUACUCUGGGAACUUUGUGGACGUCUAUCACGUCACCUCAAAAGGAUGGACUCGUAGGACGCGCGAGGACUUGAAAGAGGAGUAUUACAGAGAAAAAGAGAAACGAAGACUUGAGCGAGAGACACGAGGCACGGCUUUGUCAGGGUAAAGACGAGAAACAAACAAAAGGAAACAUCAGUGGAAAAAGAAAAGCAAACACCGGGCUGUAUCUUUGGAGCAAAUACUAAAUUAAUGAACAAGACAGGCAGUUGCAUCCUCCAGGCUAUCUCUCCGAAGAUUUGGGCAUGCAUAUCAUUCCAUUUAAUAAACAGCUGAUGUUUUGUUUGCAGUGAUGAUAAAAAGUGCUCUUACAGCGUUGAGCGCUGCUGGCUGCCAUUUUGAUGUAGAUGUUAAAGGAUUAUAAAUCAUUUCAUCUGGGAUAAUUACCACCUACCUCUUAAUGGGCUUUAAUCACAUAAACAAGAGAGAGAAGCAGACAAUGAGUAGUGUGAGGACCUCAAGUUGAGGCUCGUGAUGUAUUGUUGUGUGUGGGGAAACACAUUAACUCCAGCAAUAAAAGAGCAGCAGCUGAAAACUGA